AUGUCCAGUGAUAACACUCUGAAGUCGGUCAAGGGUGGCGAGAGUCAUCACCAGUGGGUAUCCCGUCCGGUAUGGGCUGCCAAAGGGCUAAAGGCUCCUUCAAUGUUUUUGACAGCCGCCUUACGUUGGCAUCCUCAUCAUGCCAUAGCGGGCAUAUGCCAUCCGAACAUUCCCCGGGUCAAAGUCCUGUGCUUACGACGCCCGCAGGUCUUCCAGACAGCAGCACUGUGGGCCAAGCCACAACAACGUCGGCGGGGAGAGAAGAUGAAACAGUGGUGGCUUUACCACCGGGCAUGUGGUCCGUUUGUCGCGAGAUGCUACCGCAACACGACUGGUCUCCUGGCGGAGUGGAAUCAUGUCUGGGCUAGACCCAGUGGAUCUGGGUCCCAGAUCAAAAGGCCAGGCUUCGGUCGUCGCCGUUGA